AUGAUGGCGCCUUCCCACAUGCUCGACAUUCCGCGCCCACGGACGUUCCUGCAGAAGAUGUCGCUGCGCACGGGCGCCGAGAUCAUCACGUACCUGCAGGUCAUCAACAAGGUCUCCGGCCUCUACGGCCUCCUGGCCAUCCUCACCGGCGCCUCCAUCGACGGCUUCCAGCUCUCCAUGUACACCUACUCCACCCUCGCCCUCGUCGCCACCGUCUUCCUCUACAAGCACAUCCGGCUACAGAGCCCCUUUGAGACGCUGCUGCUCGCCCACCUCUACGCCCUCGACUCGGUCGUCAACGCGCUGUACACGGCCCUGUUCGGCAUCGCCUGGUUCUACACCCUCGCCGCCCACCCCGACGAGCAGUCCUCCCUUCCCGGCCAACACGGCAUCUCCGACAACGCUGGCUUCACGAGCCCCAAGCACAACGUCUCCGAGGUCAACGUCGUCGCCUCGCCCGCCGGAGGGGUCGCAGCCGGCCACAACGCCGUCGCCGGCGGUGUCCCUCACAACGGCGCCCCUGGCGUGGGUGCUGGUCUUGGCAACGCAGUCUUCCAGAGCGGCAGCAUCAUGAGCAUCUCCCUCAUCUCCGCCUUCUGGGCCCUGCGUGUCUACUUCGUCUUCGUCAUGCUGGCUUUCGCACGCCAGUGCCUGCGCCAACACCUCGCCGCCCACGCCGCCUCUGCCGGAUGGUACAGCUCCAACAGCAUGCAGACCACCGCGACUGACCUCGCCGAGAACCCCUUCCUCGAGGGCAGGGCGCAGGGCGCUGGCUGGAAGGGCAAGCUCGGCCGCGCCAUGCUCAGCGGCGCGCCCAAGUACUGGCUCGGCGCAGACGCCGAGGGCGAGUGGCAGCACGCCGUUGGCGGCAAGUUCAGGAAGAACACGCAGCUCGAGCAGCCCGUCGGCUUCAGCGAGCGCGAAAGGAGGCGCAGGAGCGGCACCGGACCGCCCGUGCCGCAACUUGCCAACCUGCAAAUCGUGCGAUAG